GGACGUGUGCAAACGAAGCAGGCAUUGAGUGUUCACCGUUCUAAGCUCCAGCAACGUCGACCGAACGCGCACAGAAACAAAAUGCACUCGUCCAACAUAGUGCAGCUCGAUUGGAGCGAGCGGAUUGUACACACGGCACUGACCCACCAUCACGGUAAUGGGGACGUCUAUCGACGAUUCCAGGACAACGACGGCGGAAGCAGUAGUUCCGCGAGUAAUGAUACGGAAUGCACUACGCUCUUGGACGAAACUUGCCGAAAGAACGACCGAUUGUACGAUUUCACUUCAGGCAGCGAGCGGCACCAUUACCGCGCUGGUGGCAGUGGAUGCUCGAAGAACAAAGUGUUUUUCUUUGUGACCGCCGUGUUUGUAUUUUUUACGCUGCUUCUGGCCAACUUUCCCGUCGGCAACGAUCGAGGCCGUGUCGGGACGAUCGUUGGCUGGGGAUUGAACACGUCGCGCCAGACGAUGGACUAUAUCCUGCCGUAUGAGAACACGACCAUGAUCGAUCCGGCGAACGUGUGCACGGCCGAGGAACCCCGAGCCGGGCUGACGGAGGAAAGCGAAAAAGUGUUCCUGUUGAUCGUGGUGUGCUCGUCGGCGGGCAACUUUGAGGCCCGGCAAACGAUCCGUCAGACGUGGGGCAACGUGCGCGAUUUUAACUACGAUCAGUUCCGGUUCCUACACGCCAGUUUACGUGGCGAGUACCUGGAACCGAAGGCAUCGAUCAGAGCUACGCUAAAGGAGUACGUCCUAAUGCCAGGCACUCUCGAUCCUGUGGCGGAGGAAAGCCGAGUAAGUAAUGGUGGACGGACCGAACAAUUUCUUGAUGAUGGCCGAUCGUUCUUUCAGGAUCACCCCAAACCCAAUUCUAGUCACAGUGCUUUCACCCGCAACGAGAGCUUGCUCCUCGCAAACAGUGCUUUCAAUAUCAAAGUAGUGUUUCUUGUCGGUCAAUCGGAGUCGGACUAUGUCCAACAGCAUCAGCGGACGGCAACCGUCGACACGUACGGCAAACCCGUCGACGUGACACCGCCGAAUGCAGCCACCAAAGAGGAUCGUGUACUCGCGGCCACGAGUGAUCCGGCGGCGUUCGAGGACCAAGCGCCCGGUACGGUGCGAUCGCUGUUCCCGAACGGUGCGGACGUAGACCCGGCCUUCAACAUCGUCCCACCGGCCGUGGUCGACGAGCUGCAGCUGCGCAUCGUAAACGAGAGCGAAACGCACGGUGAUAUUAUACAGGAGAGCUUUAUAGAUAGUUACAAUAACUUGACACUGAAGACGAUCAUGAUGCUGAAGUGGGUUACCAACAACUGUGAUGGCAAAGUUAAAUUUCUCAUGAAGUGUGACGAUGACACGUUCGUCAACGUGCCCAAUCUGGUGCAGGUCUUGCUGGGCGGCACGGUUCCUCUGUACAAAGCAGCCAUAUCAUUCUACGACAACAGCUCGGUGGCGGUCAAGUCGACCAAAAAUCGGCUCGUCGAGGGACACCAUCUGCUGACGGGGUUUCUGUUCUGCGAAGCGAAACCGAUCGGUGACACCAGCAGCAAAUGGUAUUCACCGACCUAUAUGUACAACCGGGAAGUCUACCCGAACUACCUUUCCGGAACGGCGUAUCUGAUGAACUUUGAGGCGGCGAAACUGUUAUACCGCACUAGUCUAUCGACGCCGAUCUUCCACCUGGAGGACGUCUACCUGACGGGCAUCGUGGCGGACCGGGCGAAGGUACGCCGUCGUCACCAUCCCCUGUUCUUCUACUCGUACACCAAGGACUUGUGCGCACUGCGCGGCAUGAUCUCACAACAUCAACUGCAGCCGAGCGAGAUACGCACCGCAUUCGAAUUCAUAAGGAACGGGUCGAUUGUGUGCCGGGCGCCCGAAAAGCAUCUUACCGUCGGCCAGUUGAAGCUGCAGCAGCGUAAAAAGUGUCAAUGAUGUCGUAAGCGGCAGCCCUGUACCGUCCAGCGGCCGCCUGCUUCCCGGUACCGGCGCUACCAUCGACAGUUCCUGCCCAUCUGGUGAGAUGCGUUUGAGAACGCCACGGACCGGCCACCAUGAAACCACCGUUUCCUGUUGCGUGCAGCGCCCCAUCGAAUCUCGCUC